AUGCAGUACUCCGCACUUUUCAUGUCCACCCUCGUGGCCUUGGCCUCUGCCCAGAGCGGUACCCCUUCUGCUACCUCCGGAAGCUCCGCCACCCAGAGUGCUACUCCCAACACCACCCUCUCAUCAAAGACCACUGGCACCCCAACAAGCUCCGCGUCUUCUCAGAGCACCACUGUUGUCAGCAUCUUUGAAGCUUACGAGAAUGACAGCGGCGCCGACAUCAGUGUCUCAUGGUACACUAGCCUUGGUGCCAGUAUCGCCGGCAUUAAUGCCGACUACACCACCUACGCCGUGGACUGCAUGAGCGACGCAGCUCUCUCUGAUUGCAGCAUUAACGCUCCCUACACCAUGAUCGCCGGUCCUACCACCCUCAGCUACUAUAAGGCCUUGCCUGUUGACAUGGAAGCCUACGAUGCUACCGUCACUGUCACCCAGGACGUCGCAUGCUCCUUCACCCACAGCACUGAAUCUGCUGUCUGCACAGAGACAGAGUGGGUCUCAUAUGCGGGCGAAUCUACCUCUACCACGACUACCAAGUCCUAUGCCACCAAUGACAUCUUCUACAUUCCCAUCACCGUCACUGCUGGCCUGGACAAGCUCAACUCGCCCCAGGCUACUGAGACUUCUUCCUCCAGCAACGCUGCGGGUGCUCCUCAUCGCCCCCUCGCUACUGCUGCCCCUCUAGGUGCGGCUGCUAUCUUGGCUGUGGUUGGUCUGUUCUAG